AUGGUCAAUGAUCUGUCCAGCGAAUUGCCUUUGUACAAGUAUGUUGACGAUUGUGCAAUCUCUGAAGUCGUUAGAGUAUGUGAACCGGAUCUACCAAAAUUACAGCAAGAACUUGACAACGUGACCCAGUGGUCAAGUGCGAAAAACAUGAAGUUGAACGUUAAAAAAACUAAAGAUUUCACCGUGUCAUUUUUGAUCAAUCAACCCUUGGCGCAACCCUUGAUUGUCAAUAACCAACCCCUGGAGGCUGUUAAUACCAUCAAGCUCCUGGGGGUAAAUUUGACCUCCGAUCUUAAGUGGACUAUACACACAUCAGGCACAUAUCCUCCAAAGCAAGCAAACGUCU